AUGGUCGCUGCUGUAUACAAGAGCGCAUCGCUGCUGCUGCUGCUGCAGCUCGUGGCGCUGACCACUACGGCCGCUGCGUCGCUCAUCACCGAGCGGAACGCGGCGUCGGGAGCGUGGAAGCUCGAGCACCACCUGGGCAACCUCUCGCCGUACUUUGACGCGCCCGUGGAGGGACACGUGUGGUCGGGCAUGCCUGAUGGGUGCGAGGUGGAGUCGGUGUCGCUCAUCCACCGCCACGGCUCGCGCGGUCCGAUCAGCCAGGAGAUCGGGACGGUGCGAAACCUGUCGUACUACCUCAACAACCACACUGCGCAGCUCAGCCAACCUGCGGCCAAGCUGCCAUCGCAGUUUGCAUUCCUGGCGGGAGAGGGGUGGAACGCGGACAAGCUCAAGCAGGACGACUUGACGGCGGUGGGACGACGCGAGCUGUUUGAACACGGCGUGCAGAUGCGUCUCGACUACCCCAAGCUCAACACGACGCUCUUCCUCGCCGGCCAGCAGGACCGUGUGGUGGAAAGUGCGCAGUGGUUUGCAGCGGGAUACCUGGGCAAGACGGCCAACGCGACGGGCAGGCUCGAUGUGAUUUCCGAGAGCCUCGGCGUCAAGAGCUACAUUACGCCCAUGGAGACGUGCAAGAACUGGACCUACUCGUCCGGAGGCAAGCCGGUGAGCGAGUGGGGAGCCGUGUACCUGCCGCCCAUCGCCAAGCAGUUCAACACGCAGCUCAAGCGCGCCUACCCGUGGAUCAACAUCACGGCGGACAACGUGCACGGGAUGCUGUGGGCGUGUGCGUACGAUCUGGCCACCACCGGCUCGGUCGAGCGCAGUCCGUGGUGCGGCGUGUUCAGCAGGCAGCAGAUCGAGCAGUUUGAGUACGAGCUGGACCUGCUCAUGCGCGGCGCGUUCGGAUACGGUCUGCCCAACUCGUCGGGCCAGGUGAUGGGAUCGCUGUUUGUCUCGAACCUCACCCAGCGUCUGACGCAGCCGGAGCAGUUCACCGAGCCGGACGGAGCGCAGAGGACGCUGUUCUUCGACUUUGCCCACGACACGACCAUCGACCUCAUCCUCACCUCGCUCGGCCUCGCGGCGGACAAGUCGUACCCGACCACUGGCCCUGUGCGCGCCAACCGCAAGUGGAGGACGAGCGUGCAGGUGCCGUUUGCGGCGCAGAUGGAGUGGAGGAAGCUCAAGUGCAGCAAGGGUGGCAGCAAGAUCCAGCUGCGCCUCAACAAGGCUCCUGUCGAUCUGGGCGUGCUGUGCAAGACCGACGCCACGGGCGCGUGUGAUCUGGACGACUUCCUCGGCAGUGAGGCGGUCAAGAAGGCGAACAAGAUCCAGAUCGGUGACGACACCUGGACCGCCGCGUGUGGCAAGUAG